AUGGCCAUCCUCCAGACACCGCCUCGCAGCACCAAGGGCGUACGUCCGGCCGCAGGAACAGCAUUGCCAUUUCCAGCUUUUGCAUGGGAGGGCAGGGAUGAGUGGCGGGGGGACAGGUGCAGAGGUUGGGGCGAUGAAGUCGGGACUUAGAGGGGGUGUGGGGAGGAGGGUGCGGAGGUGGAGACGGGGGGGUGGUUUAGCUGCUGAUGCUCCAGCUUUUUUCGCUGUUCCAAUUCCAGAUCCAGAUCCAGAUCCAGAUCCAGAUCCCGCUCUCCAAGAACUCACCACACAAUCAAUACCGCACCCCUCUUUGGGCGGCGGCGUCGGAGGACCCAAACUCGUAGGACUCAGCGGACUGGUCGGGGACGUAGGACUGAGUGGUGGGGUGGAGGGGAGCUGGAUAUACUGUGGUGGCUCGCUAUUCUGA